AUGGUAGCUCAUCACCCUCCCGGUAGUGUCGCGCGGAUCGAAGCAUAUGCUCACCGGGCUAUCACCAUCGAGACGGAAUCGAGUGAUCACACUAUUGCCAAAUGCCAUACGCAAGAGCAAUCACCGCUUUUCCAGCUUCCGAAGGAGCUACGGGAUGAAAUCUUUAUGUACGCAACUUCACCCGAAGACAUCGACUUCAUCUGGCCUGGCCUCGGGAGGAAUCAACGUCCUGACAAACAACCAACGGGACUCCCGCAUACGGGACUACUUGCCACCUGCCGACGCGCGUGGCUCGAGACCAAUCAACUCCCUAUGCAGCAGACGGAGCACCGCUUCGUUUUCGCCUUCGAACGCUUGGGCGGACCGCUGGUUGACGUAGGGAGAAGCAUGCAGAACCCGGAAUGUUCCGGCCAACAGCUCACGGUCAACAAUCGCGCAAACUUCGACAAUGUGCACCUCUUCUUUGACAAUCCCGAUCACCUCCAUCCACGGUCUGCCUUACGUCUUCUCGGUGCGCCCGCAACUUGUCCGAGGCUCCUCACCAUUACAAUUUACUGCUACGACUGGUGGAGGUGGCACAGCGAUCAAUGGCUGGCACUCGAAUGGGCCUGGGUGGAAGACUUGCUUCAUGCAGACCUCCCACGGCUGACUGAGGUCAGACUAGAAUUGGAGGACAUGCAACAAGUACAGUUAACGAGCGACUGCGAAGAAGUACUACGGCCUUUGUACGAACAGCUCAGGCAGAAGUUCAGAGCCAUUGCGGCAUCCUCGGGUGUAGGGCACGCCGCCAAUGUCAAGGUGUUGGAGCACGAGGCGUGGCCUGCGACGCGCGCUCUUCGCAUACACCCGGCUCUAAACGUCCGCCGCGUCGCCACCGUCGUCUGGACCAUCGAGCCGAAUCACCACGCUCAGAAUGCUGUGGACACUCUCAAGGAGUGGCCACAUGCAGAUGAGCCGGCAGCGACACUUGGGGGAAGCAGUUCCUCCGUGGAAGCUCAAUCCCUUCAAGAGUUCUACCAGCAGAAGUGGGCAGCGGGAAAUAGUCUGCUGAAGUUCCAUACACCGCCGACCGAGGCCACAGCGCCCACGAGGUACUCGGAGUGCAACAGGUGUCAAGCAAGUAUUGAUCAGAACGACCGGAAGAUCAAGCAUAGGGGCUCUCCGCCGUUCGAUUGCUGCUUUGGUAACGAUGGCCCCUCGAGCAUGUCGGCGUAUAGCAUCCCAGCGCCUGCCUUCGUGCCUAGCCCGCUCAUGCUGUCGGUGAUGCAGCACCUCUAG